AUGUAUGUUUUUAUGCUUGUGCCUUUAAUGUGUAACAAUACAUCUAAACCAUCUCACACAGUAGAUGCGCACACCGCAGAAGUGAACUGUCUCAGCUUUAAUCCCUACUCUGAGUUCAUAUUGGCCACUGGCAGUGCUGACAAGACAGUUGCAUUGUGGGAUCUCCGUAAUCUAAAAUUAAAACUGCACUCAUUUGAAUCACACAAAGAUGAAAUAUUCCAAGUGCAAUGGUCUCCGCACAACGAGACUAUUCUUGCGAGCAGUGGUACUGAUAGGAGACUUCACGUGUGGGACUUAUCCAAGAUUGGUGAAGAGCAAACAGCUGAAGAUGCUGAGGACGGUCCACCGGAGCUGCUGUUCAUCCACGGAGGCCACACCGCCAAGAUCUCUGAUUUCUCCUGGAACCCCAAUGAGCCAUGGGUCAUUUGCUCAGUCUCAGAGGAUAAUAUUAUGCAGGUGUGGCAAAUGGCUGAGAACAUUUACAACGACGAAGAACCAGAGACACCGGCUUCGGAGCUCGAGUCUGGAGUCAACGUGAACCACGGCUAACUACUCAGCCUACUGCCCAUAUAAUGAUGUCUACAUUUCUUACAAACUGUAAAAUUACAUUCACACUUGUUCGAUACACUAUUGGUAAAUAAAUUAUUGUAUAAAUAAAUGUAAAAUUUUAAAUUAUAAAACUGUUGUGCAUUCAGAAUAUAUUCAUGGCGUCUGGUUCUCAAAUCGCGUUCGAGCACAAAGUAUUUUGUCUAUUUGCAUUUAAAAUGCAAGCCGGUAUUGAUAUUAGGAUUUUGUUUUCUAUGUUAAAUUCAGUAUUUUAAUAUCCUUAAGUUGGAUUCCAUUGUGUAAUUUAGAAGUUAGAAAAUACUAACAAUUUCGUAAACUAUUAUAUUUAAUCUACAUUACUAUAUUUUGGUGAACAUUCUGAAGUUUAUAAAUUUUUAUUGCAUUUUGAAAGUGAAAAAUAGCCAUAAACAUAAGCUGUGCUUUGAAUUUUUUAUCUCAAUCCUUGUCAAAGGCAAUAUCAAUUUAUUUUUAUUUACUAGAGCAUGUUUAAUAUUGUUUUGUUCCUUUUCCUUGUAACAUCAGUUUUAGUUUAGAUAACUUAUAACAAUUACAAGGCUUAUCAUACUAAUGAAUUUUGAAUGAAUAAAAUGAUCUCUCGACUAAUUUAUUUCUAAGAAUUGUCUUCGGGAUGGGUCCUUACUUGAGGAUAUAUUGGAAAAUUUAAAAGCCAACGUCAAUUCGCCUUACAAGUUUAUUUGCGCUGGAAUCUCGUUUUAAGUUCGGUUUUUUCUUGCAAGUGGUAGUGCAAACAUUAUGUUACAUAAAGGUUUCACAAUUGAAGUUACGGCUAUAUUUGGGCCUACAUUUAACAUUUUAUCGGAUAAGUAGAAUUUUUAAGGUAACAAUAUGUGUCGUAAGGGUUCAGCAUGCAGUCAUAGUUGAAGAUUCCAUUUUAAUUUAUUAAGUUAUUGUAAGUCACACCGAUGUUAUUUACAAAUACCGUCACAUUUAUACUGGUGGCGCGACUGACCGAUUCUUUUUAAUGUUAAUGCAGUAAUUGAACAUAAUUUUAGGUUCUGCUAAUAAUGAUACGAAAUAAAAUUACGAUGAUAAUAA